GUUUCUUUCAUAUUUUAUCUUUGACAUGGUCUAUAAACAAGAUGAGAAUACCUUUGACUUGAUUUCAACUUGGCUUUUCGAACUUUACAUAGAAACUAAUAAUUAUGAAAAAUGGUAUAAUAGUGAAGAACUGAUAUAUGAAAAAAGACGAACAACAAUCAAAGAAAAAAUUGAAAAUACUCGACCCCUGAAUAGUAACAAAACAUUCUUAAGGAUAACAGAGGCAAUAAAUCAUCAUCAUCAUCUAAUAUCAUAUAGUAUGGUGGACAAGAUGACAUUAUGGAUUCAAAAAUGGUUAUGGAAGAGGGCGGUAUCUAUGGCAAAAAAGGAUUCAAAACUUGUCAGUAGCAGAGGCAGAAUAUAUUCUGCAACAGAGAUUCUACCAAAAAUCAUCCAAUGUUAUCGAGAGUCUAUGAAUCAUCAAUGUCAUUUCUGCCGUCGUUACCUGAUGAUGGCCACUUAUGGGUCAUGCAGUCAAUCCACUUUAGCUUCCUUUGAUCAUGCUAUUCCUAAAACACCUGUUCUUGCUCCAGGCAAUAAAUUUCUUUUGACAUGUUUAAUGUGUAAUCUUGCCAAACAUACAUUGACGACUGAUCAAUUUCAACAAUUCAUUGAUUUAGUCCGCUCCACAUCAUAUAGUCGUCCUCCUAUUCUUCCCUUACAUCAACAAGAUAUUCAUGAAGCAAAAAAAGAAGCAUCACGUACACUAAGCCAACAUAAGCAAAUGCAAAGAAAAUAUGUUGAUAAGUUUGAAGGUAAAUCAAUGCCAACAAAACAUCAAUUAGAAACCUUGGCUAAACAGGCUGGACUCUUUGAUCCUUAUACUAAUAUCAGAGGUCAUUACACCACCCAAAAAGAUCUCGCUCCCUUUCGUAUGGUGUUCGGAAGAAGACAAAGAAAAGUAUAUAAUCCAUUGGAUGGGACUCAUAUGAUACAUGGAUAUUACAUUGAAAACACUAUACCUAUGCUUCUCAUCAUCAAAUAUGCUUUUCAUGUCUUUACAGAAUAUGAAGUCAUUUCUUGGAUUCAAGCCAUCCGUCAUCACCCAAUUCGGAAAUUCAAUUUUUAGUUAUAGGAAAAAUAAAUAGGUUUCCCUUUUUCCUUUUCUCUUUUUUGCUUUUCCCACUUUAUACCC